GAAUCCGAUUAUUAUAACGACGAACUUUUGGCUUCCCAUAACCCUUUUUUUGAUAAAUUUGAAAUUAGCAACGCUGCUAGACCGGAAAAAAGACAGUCACCGAAUCCAAUAAAUUCUUCUACGAAAAAAAGAAGAUUCAAUUCUUUUGACGAUGAGAUUAAUCGUUUGCCUUCAUUAUCAACCAAAACUACGUCAAGCGAUACCUCAUCAAGUGAAAGCAGUGACGAUGAUGAAGGCGAUAAUGAAUCGUUUUCAUUAUCCGAGUUUAAUCAAAAGAUGUUGGAAAGCGAUGAUGACGUUGAUUCAAUGUUGACCGAAUUUGAUAUUGUUGAUAAUUUGGAAUCGCUGUCUUUUACAGAUAAUCUUAAUGCUACUGAUGCUUCGCAAAAGGUCAUGGAGUCCAUGUCAACAAGACAAGUCGUUACAGCGGUUGAGGAUGCGGAGAGCACGAACACCGUGAAGGGGGAUGAAAAUUUCCAGUCAGUAAUGGUUCAGCUCGAAAAGAUUAAAAGUAAAGAAAAAGAAGAUGAGUUACCACAGACUUCUGAAAAAGUCAAAGGAGAAGGAAAAGGAGAUCUAAAGUUCCCGAAGGCGCCCAUGGCUGGCUUUACUGGUAGACGGAAACACCAAUUUCUUGACAUGCUUGAUCAUCAAGCAUUUAGGGCGCGACAUCAAAAAGUUGUAAUGAAGAGAGCUCGAGGACCGAGUCUUAGUGGUGGAUUAACUAGUUUGUUGUCGAAUGGGUUUAAACCGACCUCUAUGCUUGGAUAA